UAUCGAUAGUGAAAAAAAAACCAAAACCAUCGAUAGAUUGCCUCUACUAAUUUACUCGUAUCGUAUCAUCACUACCUGCGCGAAAACAUGGAUCUAGAGGCCGAGUUAGGCAAUCCAUUUAAUUCGAAGAAUCCCCACGAUUUAGGGGAUCCAAAUGACAAAUCUCUGCGCAAAGUAGAAGUGGAAGUUCUCAUACCAAGGAUUAUGCGAGACCGUGCAAAACAAAUCCACUGCAGUAAAGAAGUUCAGGAAUUUGAAGCGUGUUGCAAAGCUAAUAGUCUGAUAAUGGUUUUCACAUGUCGCAAUGAAAAUUCUGCGCUGAAAUCUUGUCUAUCGAAAUGGUACAACAAUUAUGAAUUUAAGGAUGAGUGCAAGCAAAUUUAUUUGGAAGAACGUUCAGAGUAUCGUCGCACUGGAGUCCCAAAAAAACGUCGUAUACAAAAGAUGUAAAUUAUUAAAUGUACAUAUGACCUGUUCGAGGCUCGUAAUAAAAGCGGCAAUACCCUAGCACUGGUGAAAAUUUGCAACUUCCCAACUGAUAAGAUGUGGCUAGAAAUUCGCUCCGAACGUGAUACCUUAAUAAUUCA